CUACUUAGAGUCGUCCGCGCGGCUGUGGGAAAGCAGAGCCGAGCCGGGACUGUCCAGGGGGAGCAGGCACCCCGGCCAGCGCAGACCCGGAGGCGCACGGGCGCCGCACCGCACGGUUCGGCGCGGGGCAGUGCGGAGCCACAGCCCCACGCGCAGCCCAGGACUCACUCGCCACCGCCGCCUCCGCAGCACCCAUGGGGACCAGGAGACUUUAAAGGAGUUUGGGGUUUCGGGAGCAGGGAAAUCACGGAUCCCCGCUCCUGGCCCUCGCCUCGCCGCCUCAUUGAUGGGCAACCAACUGGACCGCAUCACCCACCUCAACUACAGCGAGUUGCCCACAGGGGACCCGUCCGGGAUUGAGAAGGACGAACUGCGGGUCGGGGUCGCCUACUUCUUCUCGGAUGAUGAGGAAGACCUGGACGAACGCGGGCAGCCCGACAAGUUUGGCGUGAAGGCCCCCCCGGGUUGCACCCCCUGCCCGGAGAGCCCCAGCCGCCACCACCACCACCUGCUGCACCAACUGCUCCUCAACGAGACUCAGUUUUCCGCCUUUCGGGGCCAGGAAUGCAUCUUUUCGAAAGUGAGCGGCGGCCCGCAGGGCGCGGACCUGAGCGUCUACGCGGUCACCGCGCUGCCCGCGCUCUGCGAACCAGGCGACCUGCUGGAGCUGCUGUGGCUGCAGCCCGCGCCGGAGCCGCCCGCGCCCGCCCCGCACUGGGCCGUCUACGUGGGCGGCGGGCAGAUCAUCCACCUGCACCAAGGCGAGAUCCGCCAGGACAGCCUGUACGAGGCGGGCGCGGCCAACGUGGGCCGGGUGGUGAAUAGCUGGUACCGCUACCGCCCGCUGGUGGCCGAGCUGGUGGUGCAGAACGCCUGCGGCCACCUGGGCCUCAAGAGCGAGGAGAUCUGCUGGACGAACUCGGAGAGCUUCGCCGCCUGGUGCCGCUUCGGCAAGCGGGAGUUCAAGGCGGGAGGGGAGGUGCCGGCCGCCGCGCAGCCCCCGCAGCAGCAGUACUAUCUCAAGGUGCACCUGGGGGAGAACAAGAUCCACACCGCCAGGUUUCACAGCCUGGAAGACCUCAUCCGCGAGAAGCGCCGCAUCGACGCCAGCGGCCGCCUGCGCGUGCUCCAGGAGCUCGCCGACCUCGUGGACGACAAGGAGUAGCUGCCGAGGGGCUGCCGGCCCCGCCGCCUCCCCGCGUCCCGCACCCAUCCAGUCCCCGCACCCGGACUUCGCGGCCGGCGGUUUUCAACCCCAGUCCCCUGGCGCGCCCGCCGCCGGUGGCCGAGGCCCGGGCUGCACCUUCGCACCUCGCUCCCCGGCCAGCGGCAGGAAGUCUCAGGAACUGCCCCGGGGCCGAAAGGGCGCAGCUGAACGGGUGGCGACGGUGCUGGGAGACCCGGCGUGCGCUUUCCCCUUAAGAUGUGAACCAGGAAAGGGGAAGGGGCUGAGGGGAGAAAGGACGUGGCCUCCCCCGCGAGUCCAUGGUCAGUGACUGUGACCCGACCGGGAAACGACCCUCUUCUCAAAAGCCACCAUCACCGCCCCGAGCGCGCGCGCACAGACCGGUCGGAGGCGAGAAUUGGUCUUUUCAGGGCACAGUUCAGCUCCUCUGUGGAUGCGUCCCCAGAUGGCAGGAUUUCCAAGAAAUCGAGACUGUCCCUCGUGCGCUUGGGAAUAAUAAUUCCCCAAGACAGCACUUGGGGAUUCCGGGUUAUCCUGAGGCUGCCCGGGACUUCUCCAGCUCUCCAGCCCCAGGUAACCUGACAUUGUGUUCCAGGCUGCGGGCUAAGCCAGACAGUGUUCGUUCGCCUCCCGUUCUUUCCACCGAGGGAAGUGAACGCCACCCCCACCCGCCUUUGCCUGCGAGUCUCCCUCGCUGGCCGAAGGGAAGCCGGUCGGGUCCCGGGAGGAAGAUGGCGCAGCGAAUUCGGUGAGGACGGCCGGCCCCGCCCCCGACAAGGAACUCGCUCGUUCACCUGGUGUCUGGGAACUUGAAUGUGUGAUGGGCGCUUAUUGUUCUGAACCCUUGAUGGCUCCCUCCUAGGGCUGCAUUUCAAAAAUAGUCAUAUUUUUAAAGGAGUUGGAGGAGAGGGAGGGGGAGGACAUGGCACCAUUCCAGAAACCAGCAUUAUUACAACACCAUAGCCAGUAUGUUUAGUUUGGCUUUUCCUAACAUAGAAAUCUUUGAAGGUGGGGGAGUGGAAAUAAAGUUUAAAAAAUGAGAGAGCAGUUUUCCAACUAUGUCAACAAAGCCUAUCGUGUUGAUGUUUUUAUUGACCAUUUUAGCAACAUGCUAAUAAAAUUUCAAAUUGAAAUUUUUAUUUUCAUGGCUUUAAUCCAUGAUAGUUUAAAUACUGGGGGCCAUUAAGAGUGGAUGUAGCUAAGAGCUUAGCUAACAUUGCCUUUUCACUCUAUUUUUCUCAAAUAUUAUAAGAAUUCUGUUUUUGACUAUUGUAGUUUUUUGGCUUUAAACAGCAGCCCUAGUAAUGGUGGAGUUGUUAAUGAAUGUGUAUAUUGUACUGAAUUUCUGUCAGUUAAGGGGUUCACUGCUUUGGUGGAAAUUGCUAGCAGGUUCCAUGAUGUUUCUUUUAUCCAUGUUGUACCUCAUCACCAUUUCACAUUUGCAUUUCUAUUUUUCUUCUUCUCCUCCUGAUCUCCUUAAAACUGAAUCUAGAGUUGGUGGCUUUUCCCCCUCCUCUUUAGCCAGUUUCACAGUUCAAUUCUUGCUGAAAACAGGGAAGAACUAGUAGGAUCAGGACAAAUGCUUGUUUUUCAAAAACUGAAGGCUGGGUGUGAAACCCCUUCCUUAGACAAGGAUUAUAAACUUCUCUCCUCCUGCUGCAGCCCCAGCCUAACUGAUAGUUACUUGAUUCAAUGUGUUAGACGCUUAUAGCAUUUAGGUCUCUUUCAAGGGAAUUUGUCAAAUAAUGCUGUUUAGCUAAUUGUUGCAAGCAAUUGCACAUUAACAGCUGUGAUUUGGUUGGUCAGAAAGUAUUACGACCAAAGCCAGUUUCUUGGCAUUUCAAAAAUAAUGCAAUAAAAACUAGUUGAGGUUACCUGAGACUGAAAAUGCCUUUUUCAUGGUAAAUGAUUCACUUCUAUUUUUUUUUCUUUCUUUUCUUCUUUAGUUUUCAUCCUGGAUUCAUUCCCUGAUCUUAAAUCAAAAGGUCAGAUCAAUGAAAUAUGAACUAAAGUAUUUUUCUUAAGCCUAUUGAGUGAUUUAUUUUUUAAAAAAUGUUCAAAUGCAUAUGCUUUUCUUUUAGCACAACAGCAAAACUUUUGUAAUAACUAACUUACCCUUGCAUGUAUAAAUAACUGAAAGUCAUUUAUUUCCCUAGCUUAUUCCUCUUUCAAAUAACAGGUGGCAGAUCAUAAAACGAAAUUCUAAAUUGUAUCUACACAUUCCACAUUCCUUACUGUGUCCUACUACUGUAUCUUGGCUCCCUGCUGUAUUAAACACCAUCUUAAGCACUUGUUCCUGCAGGACUCCUUCUUGACAUUUUGUCUUCCCCCUCAAAGUCACUCAAGGGUGGGACUUCAUCAAAAGAAAUGAAUUAGUCUCCAUCACACCUAAUACUAAGAUUUAUUUCCUCUGAUGGUAUGUAGAUUUCUCUCUCACUAAGAGGAAACUCUCAUAGAGGAAUGGCUUGUCAGCUUUAUACUUGCCGAGGCUAGACUGGCAGUAAAAAUGAGUUGGGUAGUUAAAGUGGCAUUCGUUAUAUUGGCCUAUAAAAGGAUCAGGUCCGUGAUAAUACCUCUACAAACACGCAAUAAUAAAACAAUAGUUACAGAAGAAACUUGAAAGGUUUGCAAGGUUUCUCUUAUUCCUGUUGAAAUAAUCAUUUAUUAUCUCUUUGUUCAGUGUUAAUAAGGUAACCCAUGGCAGAAAAAUUUGAGUAACAGUUCAUCAUGCAGAGGAUAUGGUCAAGAUAUUACCUAAUGGCUUUAUCCUGAAAAAGGUGUAUACGUUGACAAUGUGAGUGAAUCCAAGAUGGUGAAAUUUCCCAUGGCAGAUGGCAUGGGCACACUUGAUUUUUAUUGUGAGUGAAUGUAAUCAUUCUGUAUUUUACCAGAGGUGUAGAAAUUAGCCCAAAAGUUUCCUCAACACUUUAAUGGUGUUAGGAAUUUAGUUUUCGUAUUAGUUGUCCUCUAGAGACCGCAGCUUCCUAGUUAUUUCCAUGAUGUUGGGUGUGGCUAAGCUGGGGAUGGGUUCUGCUGAGCCUGCUCUGGUGUAGAGGAAAGCUAUCUUUAUACUACAUCUUUUCUCCACUUUCAGGUAGUGAAAAUAAACUAUGAUUUUAAAAAAAG